AGUUGGUGAGGAAGAGGUGUGUGAAGUGCUGUUGUGCGAUGGUUCUGCUGGGUCUGGGUCUAAGUAUCCGGUAGCUGCCUGGCAUGGAGUCUUUCGUGUUGUAGAUCAUUUUUUUCAUUGAAACAGCGUGGAAAUUGCUUUUUUGGAGAGGACAUCAGACGACAAUAGGAAAGCAAUGAUAACUUUCGCGAAUAGCACAGUUGUAACACAUUUGCAAUUUAUGGUCUGUACUGUUAUACGGCCAUGGUCUUGAUCACAUAUAAAAGCUUGAAAUCCUUGCUUUAUAAAGUCUGCUUGAAAGUUUGGCAAUAUUUCAAUUUGCUAUCUACGUUUUAUUUUAGCUUUGUUCAAACAGGAUACCCAAAUCCGCUCCAACUAACUCUAAUAAUAUUGACUGAACAAAAAUGUUUCCCGGAAAAUACACAGGAAUUAGAUCAAUUGAUAUCAGAAUUGGCGAAGUGGUUGAAUUGAACAUAGAAAAUGAAAAAGUGUUUAAAAGAGAUAGACAUAGCAGUAAUCUAAAAAAUCUAAUUGAAAGCAUAAACUACUUUUCUUUUGAUACAAAUUCGACUUCUAACAUGCUUCAAACUUCUCAAGACUCCAAAGAUUCUAAUCAAUCUGCUGAAGCCCAAGAAAAUCAUCAGAAUGACAAUGAUGAUGACGAUAGUAAUAAUAGCAUAAAUAUAUUUGCAGUCAGUCGUCCAAAUCCAGACAACUGUCUAGGGUUUUCAAGACUAAAAAAUCGACUUAUGAUCAUUACUCAAAGAAAAAUCCAGACGUUAAAGCCGGUCAAUUUUAUUUUAAAAGCAACAUAUUUCAAGGUCCAAUUAAGAGGCUCGUGUUUUAUUCUAAAAAGAAUAAAACAAAAUAGUGGUGAUAUGGUUUACACCUUAUUUUUGGAAGAUUAUUGUAGAUUAACACCACAACAACGUUCUCUGCUAACAAAAAGAGAAGAGGUGUUGAAAAAGUCUUUUGAUAAGGUAUUUAAAAGGUUUAAAGAGACAAAUAAAAAACUAUUUUGCAUGAUCAAUCCAAAGAACUCCAACAGCUUAGCAUAUUUUCUCAAGGUGAUUUCGACCAAAAAUUGCGAAAAUCGAAAUUACUAUUUAAAGAGUGCAAUUUUGAAUAGUAUUUUAGUCUCAAAUCCAGAAUUUUUAACUCAAUAAAAAAAAACAUUUUCCACCAAGUUUUUUUUUUUUGAAUAUUUAAAAUAUGGAAUCAAAAAUACACAAAAUCAAAAGAUCAAAAUUGAUUAUUCCGCAUUUCGGAACAACUUUGCGCUAAAAAUAAAACACAAUAGAUCAUAUGCAGAAUCUGCAUAUUACUGCAAAUGCUUUCAAACUCAAUUUUCAGUCUUUUACUCAUGAAAAUAUUAUAAUUUUAUUCAAUAAAAUAAAAAAUAGCUUCGUUCUCUCGAUAGCUAAAAUGGAUGGGUCUUCAGAAAUUAUAAAUUGUUUUUUUGAAACUUAC